UUAUGGCUGCUGUUCUACAGUCACCAAACUCCCUGAUAGAGCUGGACCUGAGUCACAAUGAUCUGGGAGAUUCUGGAGUCCAUCUUCUCUCUAAGGGACUGUCUAGUCCCCACUGCAAACUGCAGACCUUAAGGCUCAGUAAGUGUGGUAUCUCAGAUGAAGGUUAUGUUUGUCUGGCUCUGGCUCUGAUGUUGAACCCCUCCUGUGUGAAAGAGUUGGAUGUGAGCAACAAUCAUCCUGGAGAAUCAGCACAGAAACUGUUAUCUGCUACACUGGGAGAUCUUCACCGCAAAGUUGAAGCACUUCAACUUGCUGGAUGCAAACUCUCAGAGGAGUCCUGUGGAAUUGUGGCUGCUGUUCUACAGUCACCAAACUCCCUGAUAGAGCUGGACCUGAGUCACAAUGACUUGGGAGAUUCUGGACUCCAGCUUCUCUCUAAGGGACUGUCUAGUCCC